AUGUUCUGCAGCCCUUACUACGAGCCUUAUGAUUAUGACCGCUAUUGGUGCCCUCAACCCCCUCCGUACGGACAGUACGGACCUGAAUGGAAGCCAUAUUUAGCUUCAACACACCAAUCACCAGACUUUUGGAUACCGCCAGGGGGCACUGUUCCCCCAGUACCUAACACAUCAUCCGCUUUUGCUGGUUUCUCAAAUGUCCCCCCGACCAGGCCUGACGUCGGACCGGGCUUCCCUAGAUGGGGCUGUGGAUGCGGUGCCUGCUGGACCAACAGUGCUGGAAAUGAUCCUUUUACUGCUCAAAAUGGGCAGGCCGGGAACUAUGCGAAUAUGAAAAGUGCAGCUUGCGCCUGCACCGGUGUUGGUGCUUCCAGAUAUCCAACUUUUUCUAAAAAUGAAAGGAUCAAUGCUUAUCAAAGAGGUGAUGGGACUGCAGGCUGCUGUUCAAACCACAACUUUCGUGCACCGAGACCUUGGAAUUUUAACCAGUGGUGGUGA